AAUCAACUUAUAUCGCUUUUAUGGUGAGAUCGAUGUGUGUAGGUCUCUCUCUAAGGUUUCACGUGUCUCUCUAUCUCGACCUUACCUCCUUCUUAUAGUCACAUUACUCCGAGAUCUUCUCAACGAUCUCCUACAUUUUCGGGAUCUCGACUUCGUCAUGGGUCUGGGCCGGAGUCCCUUCCAUUCCUUGUUGGGCUCAACUCCUUUAUCGGCCCAUGAAUCAUCCGAAAUUGGGUCCAACAAAUGUUACUUAUUGAUUCAAUUCAAUUAAUUAGUUAUUCCAAAUGAAUCUUAUAUUUCUAUAAUUGAAAUACAAAAACUAAAUUCAGAUAUUCGAGUCUUUCAAAUAAAAAUUAUAUAUAAUUAAAUAUUUUCAAAAUAUUAUUUAUAAUCUGAAUCAUCUGAAUAUUUAAAAUAAUUCAAAGUAUCCUAUAUUUUUAUCUGAACACCAUGAAUUAUCUAAUAUUUAACGUGGAAAUUACUCCGAAUUAUCCAAUGUUUUUAUCCAUAUUAUCCAAAAUUAACCGAAAAACUAGAAUUGAAGCGCAACCGAGUUGGACUCGAAUUCUUCUGAUAUUAGCCAGCUUACAACUUUGCUACCCCAACCGAACCGAAAACAAAAAUAACUAAACUAAAACCAAACCAAAUUUUACAAAUAACCAAACGGUUUUUAUAAUUUCAAAACCGAAAACCCAAAAAUCAAAAUACUCGAAUCGAAACCGAAUAAAUACAUAUACUAAGGGGAUGAUUGGUAAGUGUUGUGGCUUUUAUUUUUUGGCUUUAAAAUAAUAACUGUAGAUUUUAUUAUGUAUCUGUAGAUUAAUUAUUUCCAGAGCACUAAAUAUAAAGAUCUAAAAAAAUUGAUUUCCAAAGCUAUUAUGUUUCCUAUUUUAGUUUUUAUGGAUGUACUUUUAAAUUUUUUAUUAAAUCAUGAUUAGUAAACUAAAAUGUAUGUUGAAAAAAAAUGAGCUGUGGAAAACAAUCACAUCAAUUAAGAAUCACCCCCUAAAGGGCCAAUCAGAAUGAAAGACUCUGGCUGAGUCAGCAGGUUUUUAACUACUAAACCACGGCGCGCGCAAUAAACCCUAAACCCAUAUCUUAUAUUCAUCUCUGCGAGUCAGAAGUCAGAACCAAGAACUAAACUCUAGAAAAAUCUCAUCUCACCAAUGGGUAAGGUAUGUAACCGUCCUUUAGAUAAGUACUACCGUCUCGCCAAGCAGCGCGGCUUCCGCUCCCGUGCCUCCUACAAGCUCAUCCAAAUCAACGCCAAGCACUCUCUCCUCCACAAAUCCCAUGCCGUUCUCGAUCUAUGCGCCGCCCCCGGUGGUUGGAUGCAAGUCGCCGUCGAGAAAGCUCCCUUCGGCAGCCUCGUUCUCGGGAUCGAUCGCGUUCCCAUCAUCCCCGUGCGUGGCUGCGUCGCUAUCCAGCAGGAUAUCACGCGGCCUGAGUGCAGGUCAAAGAUUAAGCAAGUGAUGGAGAAGCAUGGUGUUAGGGCUUUUGAUCUUGUUCUUCACGAUGGGUCUCCUAAUCUUGGUGGUGCUUGGUCUCAGGAACUUAUGAGUCAGAAUGCUUUGGUUAUUGAUUCUGUGAAGUUGGCCACGGAGUUCUUAGCUCCUAGAGGAAACUUUAUCACCAAGGUUUUCAGGUCUCGAGAUUAUCACUCUGUGCGCUUCUGUCUUCGGGAGGUAAUGUCUUGCUUUAUUAAUCAUGCGGAUUUGUUUUUAAUACUCUUUCUUCUGUUAAUGGUUGUUUUUUGUUUUUUGGUGAAGCUAUUCGAGAAGGUUGAGGAGUUGAAGCCAACGGCUAGUCGUUCAACAUCUUCAGAAACGUAUCUUAUAGGUUUGAAUUACAAAGCUCCUGCCAAGAUUGAUCCUCGUCUUCUUGAUUAUAGACAUCUUUUUAAAGAAACAGCAGAACCCACGAGAAAGGUUGUGGAUGUGCUUGGAGGAUCAAAACAGAAGAGAAACCGUGAUGGGUAUGAAGAUGGAGAGUCCAUUUUGAGAAAAGUUGCAUCUGCUGCUGAUUUCAUCUGGUCUGAAAAUCCUCUUGAGAUUCUUGGCACAGUUACUUGUAUAUCCUUUGAUGAUCAAGCCUCUCUACCUUUAAAAGAAUAUGAUUUGACUACAGAGGAGAUUAAAAUUCUAUGCGACGAUCUUCCUGUUUUGGGGAAGAAUGACUUUAAGCACAUCCUAAAAUGGAGGAUGCAAAUUAGGAAAGCUCUGACUCCUGAAAAAAAGGAAGUGGCUAAAAAGGAGCCUGAUGUGGGAAAGGAAGACGAGGAAAAUGAGGAUGAUAGACUACUCAGUGAAUUAGAAGAGCUCACUAACGCAGCAGACCGCAAGAAGAAACAAACAAAGAAGCUUCUUGCAAAACGACGGGCCAAGGAUAAGACGAGGACGGCGACUAAUCCACAAAUAGAUGCACUUGAAGAUGGUUAUGUAGACCAUGAACUGUUCUCCCUUGCUGCUAUCAAGGGAAAGAAAGAUCUAAUGGCAGUUGACAAUGACGAAGAUGAUAACGCCAACGCCAAUGAAACUGAGAACGAAGAUCGUAGUAAUGGAGCUUCAGAUGACUCCAAAGACAGUGACAUAGAUUCUGAUGAAGAGCGUCAGAGAUACACUGAACAAAUGGAAAAGAUGUUUGAUGAGGCAUACGACCGUUAUAUGGUGAAGAAAGAAGGAAGCGCAAAGCAAAGGAAGCGAGCUAGGCAGGCACACGCUGAGAAGCUUGAGGUACGUACCAUCAUUUAUUACUUAACCCUCAUUUUCAUGGAUCCUACUUUUAGAACUAAACUCUUUCUUGCUUUGUCUUUGCAGGAGGGUAAUGGAGAUGAAGAGAUAAAACUCGAUUAUGAUUCAGAUAUGAACGAAGAGAUGGACGAGGCAAACCCACUUGUGGUACCACUGGAUGAUGGAGAGACCCAAACAAAGGAAGAAAUCUCCAACCAGUGGUUCAGUCAGGAUAUAUUUGCUGAAGCCGUGGAAGGAGGAGACUUGGGUGAAGAUGACAGUGAGCAGAAGGCAUCGAAAGCAAGCGUGUUGACUGGUCAGAGUUUACCCAUCAGCUCCAAGAAGGAAGAAGAUUUCGAGAUAGUUCCUGCACCAGCCACUGAUUCAUCAGACUCAGACUCAUCCUCUGAUGAUGAUGAACUUCUUACAAAGGCGGAGAUGUUGGCCUGUGCCAAGAAAAUGCUAAACAAGAAGCAGAGGGAAGAGAUGCUUGACGAUACUUAUAACAAACACAUGUUUGCGGACGAAGGUUUACUACCCAAAUGGUUUCUGGACGACGAGAAACACCACAGGCAACCGAUGAAACCCAUCACGAAAGAAGUAGCUAACGCAAUGAAGGCUCAGUUCAGAGAAAUCAAUGCUCGUCCGGCCAAGAAAGUGGCUGAGGCCAAGGCACGGAAGAAGCGAGCGGCGGCCAAAAGAUUUGAGAAGGUGAGGAAGAAGGCAAAUGCAAUAUCCGACACAGCUGAUAUAUCGAACCGUUCGAAGGACAAAGAUGAUAGACAAGCUAUACAAGAAUGCGGCGGAGCCGAGGAAGGCUAAGAAAGAAAUGGUUGUGUCGAAGAAAGGAGUUGGUGUUAAGGUUGGGAAAGGUCAGAAGAGAGUGGAUAGGAGGAUGAAGAGUGAUGCUAGGCAACGUGGAGGAGGCAAGCCUGGCAGGAAGGGGAUGAAGAGUGCCACUGGUUAAUCAGGCCAGAAAGGUAAAAAAAACGAGAGGUAAGAGACCCAUGGGCGGCGGGUAAGUCCUCAAUGGUCGGACUGAGGCGAGAACUAAGUUUUGUUUUGUUGUAUGUUAGUCUGAUUUAUAUUUAUGCAAUUCUUGACUACUGGUUUUGUUCUUCAACUAAUACCUAUCUUGUUUUAUUAAGAGGUGGUAGUGGAAGUGCUUUCAAUAAUAUUUAACAUGGUUCUAAAAUUCGGUGCAGACCUCUUCUAGGUGGCAAAUCGAUAUUAGCUGAAACAAUUUUUAUAAGAUCCAAAUUCUAUGAUUCAAUUUGGUUCAAACCAUUUUAAAUUGGGUUAAAUCAAUAUAAAAUUAUUAAAUUAAGCAAUAAUGUUAGUACAAAUACAUAAAUUUGUCUAAUUUCUUUUAUUUCGUAUAUAUAAUUUUGAUAAUUCAUC